AUGGUGUCAAACAAUCGAAUUGCCUUCGGCUCUUGCAAUGAACAAGACCGCCAGAACAAGAUGUGGCCCAUCAUCGAGAAGAGGGGUCCUGCAGCAUUCAUUUUUGGAGGGGAUGCAAUCUAUGGAGACUAUGAUCUCCCUACAGAUUGGACCAAGUUCCUCCCAGAGACACCUCAUGUAUGUGCCGACCCUGCACGGCUUCGCAAUCUCUACAAGAAGCAGAAAGCCGUGCCUGGUUACAAGAGUUUGCUCAAGAGCAACAUGACCAUCUUUGGGUCCUUUGACGACCACGACUAUGGAUGCAACAAUGCUGACAAGACGUUUGAACAUCGAUAUGAGGCCGGUUUGGAAUUUGUAGAGUUUCUUGGUCAACCAGCUGAUUCCCCAAUGAGCCGUCGUGCUCAGGCUGGUAUGGGUGUUUAUGGAGUCAAACUCUUUGACUUUGCUCGCCCCAAAGGACAACAGGAAGUCCCUGAUGAGGAAGCCCUGAUUGAUCCCCAUGUACUCGACAACGGCAAUGCCACUGCAGUUCCUGUCUUCCCUGCUUAUUCUAAUCAAUCUGUGGCUGUCUUUGUCCUUGACGUACGUUCCAACAAGAGUCCUUGGAAGCAGGGAAGCGCUGCCUACAUUCCUGACUUUGAAGGAGACAUGCUGGGAGAAGACCAAUGGCAAUGGUUUGAAGCUGCCAUAAGUCGGUCACGGGCGGCUGUGAACGUUGUCGUGAGUGGGCUUCAACACCAUGCAAACAUCUUUCCGGAACCCAACAUUGCCGAAUCCUGGACCCGGUUUCCGUCUUCUCAACAACGUUUGUUCGAUGCCAUGCUGCAAGAUGGAGUGCAGGCUCCGAUUCUUGUCUCUGGAGAUGUACACAUGAGUCAGCUGAUGCGCAAAGAUUGUGCAAGAAUAGAUGGAACCUCUAAACAGCGACGUUCCCUUGUAGAAAUGACAACCAGUGGCAUGACACACAGCUGGGGUACUGUCAGCUCCCCACCACUCUCCAACCCCAAUGAAAAGCCUUCCUUGCAGGAACGAUACAAAAGUUUUGCUGCCAGAGUUACGAUGCAUGUCCUCCACGCCGUCAGCCCCUGGACUGACCUUCUGGUGUCUCAACCAUCAACUGAAGAGGCAACCGCUGGUUUGUUUCCCAAUGGAGGUGGUGAAGGAGCCAAGGAUGGUUUGCAGUACUCAUUGGAAAAGAAUUUUGGCGAACUAGAGUUUGACUGGGAAAACAGAAGGGUCUCGAUGCGAUCAUUUGGGGAAACACCUGGGACUCCACCUCUCCUCAUGGCCAGCUGGACACUGGACCAGCUCUCUGGACACGAUUCCAUCCCUGGUAGCGUCCUCACGUCGCAAAACUUCGUGGACCAGGCAAACCUCCACGCCCCGAGGUUUACAAAGAAUGGCGGCGAGUGGAUGUGCCUUGCUCAUCGGGGGACUCCCAGCUUGUUUUGGCAAAUGGCGGGCCACGUCUCGACAGUAGGCGGGCUUUCCAUCUUGCUCCCUUUCCCAAUGCUGGUCCCCACUCUGCUCCUUGCCAUGAUGUUCUUCAGAAAGCCACGGACGGGCCUUGCUUCUUCCAAGAGACGGAUAUAA